UUGAUUGUUUAGAGCCUAAGCUCUAUACAAAUCGCACCCUUUUUAUUAUAACCGACUCAAGCUCUCUCUCUACAUCGACUCUGAAAUCAGUCUCAGAUUUGCAAAGCCCAGUUAUGUUAUCGCCCUAAAUUCGAUUUAUACUUGUUAAUGGAUUGGGGAAUUCCUGCUGGUUUUUUUGGGUUCAUUCUUUACAUCUGGUUUCGACUUUGAUUUUGGGGAUUGAGUUUCCCUCAUUUAUUAAAUGGUUUUCUGAAUGCCUGCUGGUUUUCUUUGCUUCUCGGUGGAAUUUAUUUUGGUCUUGUGUGGUUUUGGGAUUAGGUUUUCCCCAUUUCGAGAAUAAUUUUGGGAAUGCCUGGGGUAUUAGCUGCUUCUCAAUGGGUUUCAAUUUUGGCUUCCUUAAUCAAAGCAUAUUUGGACGAAUGAGUUACAAGAUUUAGGGCAGAGAGGGAGUAGACCAAAAUGUUGGAGCAAUUGCUGAUAUUUACCAGGGGAGGGUUGAUUCUCUGGACCUGCAAAGAGCUUGGCAAUGCUCUUAAAGGAUCACCCAUCGAUGCUCUUAUCCGGUCUUGCCUCUUGGAGGAGCAUUCUGGUGAUUAUUACUUCAAUUACGAUGCUGCAGGGGCCUCCUACACCCUCAAGUGGACCUUCCACAAUGAUCUCGGCCUCAUAUUUGUUGCAAUUUACCAAAGGAUUCUCCAUCUCUUGUAUGUGGAUGACCUUUUAUUCAUGGUGAAGCGUGAGUUCUCCGAAUUGUAUCAUCCGAAGAGGACAUACUAUGAAGAUUUCGGUGACAUAUUUCGACAGCUUCAAAAGGAGGCAGAAGCAAGGGCUGAGGAAAUGAGGAAAUCGAAGCAACAGACAAAACCAGUUGAGUCAUUGACCAAAAAAGAGGGUCAAAGUGCUAAUAAGAAAAAAGGGGUUUUGCUGGCUGGGAAAGAGAAAGUUUCUAGCAAGGACAAUGCAUCAGAGGGGAAUCAUAUUAAUGGUCAUAAAUUAGAGAAUAGGAACUCAAACGGGCAUGAGUUGGGAACUAAGACAACUCAUGCUGAUGUAAAGAAGAGUGUUCCUGAAUCUGAGGCAUUUGAUGUGAAUAAGCUCCAAACACUGAGGUUUAAAGUAGGUAAGAAAACGGAAACAGUUAGUAAAGCUCCCAAAGUGGAGCAAACUAAAAAGACAACAAAGAAAAACAGAGUUUGGGACGAUUCACCUUCAGAGUCAAAGUUGGAUUUUACGGAUCCUAUGGAUGGGAAAGGGACUGAGGCUGUAGUUAUGGCAGAUCAAGGUGAAAGCAUGAUGGAUAGAGAAGAAAUUGUGAGCAGUGAUAGUGAGAUUGACAAUAAUGAGGACGAGAGUGGUAAGCCUGACAACAAGAAGAGAGGAUGGUUUUCAUCUAUGUUUCAAAGUAUUGUGGGGAAGACAGUUCUGGAGAAGUCUGAUCUGGAACCCGCUUUAAAAGCACUCAAGGAUCGGCUUAUGACAAAAAAUGUGGCUGAGGAAAUAGCUGGGAAGCUUUGUGAAUCUGUAGCGGCUAGUCUUGAAGGAAAGAAGCUGGGCUCGUUCACAAGGAUAUCUUUGACAGUUCAGGCUGCAAUGGAAGAAGCUCUUCUGCGCAUUUUGACUCCGAAACGUUCAGUUGACAUUUUGAGGGAGGUUCAUGCUGCUAAGGAGCAAGGAAAACCAUAUGUCGUGGUUUUUGUUGGGGUCAAUGGAGUUGGAAAGUCCACCAAUCUUGCCAAGGUUGCGUAUUGGCUUCUGCAGCAUAACAUCAGCGUGAUGAUGGCCGCCUGUGAUACUUUUCGAUCAGGUGCUGUUGAGCAACUCCGCACUCAUGCUUGCAGACUCCAGAUUCCUAUAUUUGAGAAAGGCUAUGAGAAGGAUCCUGCAGUUGUUGCAAAGGAAGCUAUCCAAGAGGCCAGUCGCAAUCAUUCAGAUGUUGUUCUUGUUGAUACAGCUGGUCGAAUGCAGGACAAUGAGCCUUUGAUGAGAGCGCUUUCCAAGCUUAUCAAUCUUAACAAUCCUGACUUGGUUCUGUUUGUUGGAGAGGCACUUGUUGGAAAUGAUGCUGUAGACCAACUCUCAAAGUUUAAUCAGAAAUUAGCGGACCUCUCGACUUCGUCCAGUGCUACGCUAAUAGAUGGCAUCCUCCUUACAAAAUUUGAUACAAUUGAUGAUAAGGUUGGAGCUGCACUUUCCAUGGUUUAUAUUUCUGGAGCACCUGUGAUGUUUGUUGGCUGUGGUCAGUCUUACACCGAUCUCAAGAAGCUCAAUGUCAAAUCUAUUGUCAAAACCCUUCUUAAGUGAUGGAUGAACUCAUACUGCUCUCUCUCUCUUUCUCAAAUUAGCAACUCCGCAUACUUGCAAUAGUGUCCUACUACUUUGGCCCCCAAUGACCUCGUCCUGAUGACUCUGGUGGUGAAUUGAUAUAUGUACAAUAUUUGUAUUAUUUAUGAUUUUGUUUGUGUGGCAAUUUCACCUAGAUACAUUCAAAAUUCAUAUUUUACCAUCCUGAUCAUUUUUUUCUUUUGGGUAAUUCAGUGGGAAAGACGGGCCUUUACCCGUUUUUUUGUAAUAUAGAUUAGGAAAGUUAUAUUUUGAAGGUGUUAAAUUGGAGGUGUCAGCUGUAGGAAUGGAUAUUACGAUGGGGUAACUGGGUGGGGGUAUUCUACCAUCCCAGAUGCUUCCCUUACCAUCCCGAUCAUUAUUGUAUGAAAACCCGUGAUUUUAACUGA